AUGACCUACGAGGUAAUCAUAGGCUAUAUAGCCGUGUCGCUGACAGCGUUGACUACCACCGCUGCCGUUCAAAGCAUCAUCCGACGCACAAAAGCCAACUACGAACCCAUCGAUCUCGCCAAGGAUGUCUAUCAAGAUGAAGACGGCGAAGCGACCGAAGAAUCCCUCCGCGCCUUCUCAGACAAGUGGCAAAGAGUCGCAAUCGCAUUCUUCACAACCACCGGACUCCUGGCAGCCCUCGCAUUGGCCAUCCUGAAAACGCUAAGAGAUCCUCUAACGCCAUUGGUCUGGCUGCAAUUCGGCGUGUGGGUUUUCCUCGCUAUUCAAGCCGUUGCAUUCUUCACAGAACCCCGACCGACAAUCAGAUAUGUGCUGGGCCACUUUGCGUUCUGGGCGAGUCUGCUCGCCUGCGCAGUCCCGGCAACGGAGCUGAGUCUGUUCAUUAUCAAUGGAUGGACUGGCCAUGGGUUUUGGAUCGGGGUGCAAAUCACCGAGAUCGGUAGUGCCUUGCUGCGCGCUCUGUUUGCCGUUCUGCUACCCCGUCGCCCGGAGGUCUAUUUCGAGGGUAAGCCAGUGGAUCGUGAACUUUCGGUCUCCCUGCUUGGCCGGUUUAGUUUCAGCUGGGCGAAUGGAUUAUUGGCAUUCGUGGCGAAGAACAAGUCGAUGGAAUUGGAUGAUAUUCCCAAACUACCUGCUUCGAAGCGCGCCGGGUUCCUGCGGGAUAACCUCGAGAUUGCGCGGGAGAAUCGCAAAUUAUGGAGAGCGAUUAUCGCGGCGCAUCCGGGGCCGUUGCUCGCUCAGACAAUUUUGAGUCUAGUCAUUUGUUUCCUGAGCUUCGGGCCUCAGGUGGCCCUGUUUCAGAUUCUGAAGACGUUGGAGCUCCGCGAUACUCCCUUCUGGAACCCUGCCGCGGCGUACCUGUGGGUACUGGCGCUCGGAGGGUUGAUGUUUGCGGCUUCCAGCGUGGAGGCCUGGUUGUUCUGGGUCGUUUAUUCGAAACUAGGAGUCCCGAUCUAUGCCGAACUGUCUGCUGUGGUCUUUGCGAAGGCUAUGCGUCGCAAAGAUGUGAAGCACACUAAGAAAUCAAAGGACGAGACUGAUUCUACCAAGGCAUCCGCUGAAGAAGAAGAGGAUGACGAGGACGCUUUGAAGAAGAGCAGACAGAGCAUUAUCAACCACGCUGCUGUGGAUGCUCGUCGUAUCUCGGACUUUGCCGCCUUCAACUAUGUUAUCCCCCAGGCGGCGUUCAGAAUCAUCAUCGGGGCUGGGUUCCUGGUCCAGAUUCUCGGCUGGCAGAGUGCUUUCGCUGGUCUAUCGGUUGCGCUCCUUGUGACACCACUCAACAUCUACGCCGCCAAGAAAUACUCCGGUGCACAGGAUCGAUUGAUGAAAUUCCGCGAUCAAAAACUGGCUAUUGUGACCGAAGUGCUGCAGGGAAUUCGACAAAUCAAGUUCUCGGCUUUGGAAGAACAGUGGCAGAAGCGCGUUGAAGCGACGCGGGAGACAGAGCUCGGUGCCUUGUGGGCCGCGUUCGUGGCUGAUCUUGGCCUGCUUGGAAUCUGGAUUCUCGGCCCCGUCGGUCUGUCUGCUGUUUCCUUAGCUACCUAUGCCAUUCUCAAUGGUGGGCUCUCGCCUUCGGUCGCUUUCACGGCUAUGGCGGUCUUCACAUCCCUUGAGGUGGCGCUUGCUGUUAUCCCCGAGCUCAUGUCGAUGGGUCUGGAGGCGAAGGUGAGUGCGGAUCGUAUCGAUGAGUUCAUGGCUACGCCGGAGAAGAUCGUCAACACCGUUGCCGCGGACUACAUUGCCUUUGACGAUGUGUCGGUUGCUUGGCCUGCGGAUAAGGUGGAGGCGCAAGAUGAAGAAGAUCGUUUCGUCAUUCGGGAUCUGACGUUGAAGUUCCCCCCAAAGAGUCUCAGUGUCGUCUCUGGUCGAACCGGCUCUGGAAAAAGUCUACUUCUUGCGUCUAUCCUCGGCGAAUGCGAUGUCCUUGGUGGUACACUGAAAGUACCCGUCCCGCCUCCCAUCACCGAGCGCUUUGAUCAUCUAGCCACGAAAGCGAAUUGGAUCAUUGACUCAGCCAUCGCCUACGUUGCUCAAAUCCCCUGGAUUGAAAAUGCAACAAUCAAGGCCAACAUUCUCUUCGGACUUCCGGAUGACGAAGAGCGCUAUAAGAAGGUGCUCUUCGCUUGUGCCCUGGAGAAGGAUUUCGAAAUGCUUCCCGACGGCGAUCAGACAGACAUUGGUGCGAACGGCGUUAAUCUGAGUGGCGGUCAACGCUGGCGUGUUUCCUUUGCCCGUGCAUUGUACUCUCGCGCCGGAAUACUGGUCAUGGAUGACAUCUUCAGUGCUCUCGAUGCCCAUACCGGUCGUCAUGUCUUCGAGCAUGCUCUUACAGGGGAGCUCGGCCAGGGCCGAACUCGUGUCUUGGUUACUCAUCACGUUGCACUGUGUCUCCCUCGCACUGAUUAUUCUGUGCUGCUGGAGAAUGGGCGUGUUAAGUAUGCUGGAACGAUUGAUGAUUUGAAACAAUCUCAUCACCUCGAGUAUAUUCUCCGUGAGGAACAAGCCGAAGAUGGUGGCCAUGGUGUGGAGGAAUUUAUCGACGAAGAGGAGUCUGGUCUUCAAAAGGUUCUCUCGAAUACAUCUCACCGAAGGCCGAGUACCGCUACGAAGAGCCAUGCUGCUAAUGGAAAUGCCAAUGGAAACGCGAACGGAAAUGAGAAUAGCCCGUCAAAAUCUGCACCGAAGAAGUUUGUCGAGGACGAGAAGAGAGAGACGGGUUCCGUGCGACUUUCUGUCUAUCUCGCCUUUUUGAACAAGGGUGGCUCGGUAGCAUUUUGGCUACUCACCCUCUUUGUCUUCUUGUCAAUGUCUGGUCUUAUGAUUGGCAGGGCCUGGUGGGUCAACGUCUGGACCGGAUCGACAGCUGAGACCAAGUCUCAUCAUGAGCAAUACAGUACUUUAUUGCAGCACACCAUGCAACCGACCGCAUCAAUCCGACAAGACGACGAACUAGCGAAGUAUCUCGGUAUUUACGUUGCAAUCUCUGUCCUUGCCUGCAUUCUCGGGACUAUCCGAUACUAUUUCGUUCUAUCUGCGGCCGUCCGGGCUUCGAGAAAUCUGUUUAAUGGGUUGAUCUACAGCAUUCUGCGUGCACCACUCCGAUGGCUAGAUACGGUGCCGUUAGGCCGUAUCCUUAACCGAUUCACAGCCGACUUCCACUCAAUUGAUUCCCGAAUUGGCUACGAUAUUGGGUUCUUUGUUUCCAAGCUCCUGGAGGUGGUUGCAGUGAUGGUUGCAGGUGUGCUCGUGAACUGGCUGGUCAUCUUAUUCGCUUUGAUCCUUCUAGUUGUAUGCUUGAAGCUGGCCUUGUCGUAUUUGGCCGGUGCCCGUCAGACAAAACGACUUGAGAGCACAGCAAAGAGCCCUGUGUUUGAACAGUUUGGUUCAAGUCUCGCAGGACUAAUCACCAUUCGCGCUUUCAGCAAACCUGAUACCUAUAUCGAUAUCAUGUACGGGAAGAUCAACCGCCACGCGCAAGCAUGGUGGACACUCUGGCUGUUCAACCGCUGGCUCGCCUUCCGUAUGAGUGUUGUCGGCGCAAUUUUCUCCACGGUCACCGCUGGCCUGGUCGUCUAUGUUCCAGGUAUCACCGCUUCGCUCGCAGGUUUCGCCCUGAGCUUUGCACUGCAAUAUAACACUGCCAUCACCUUCGCUCUUCGCCAAUACGCCAAUAUUGAAUUAAAUAUGAACGCCACAGAGCGUGUCAUCGAAUACUCUAACAUCGAGAUCGAGAACCAAGGAGGCGCAGAUGCCCCCGCCGCCUGGCCCACAGAAGGUCGUCUAGAAGUCCAUGAUCUGGUCGUGGGCUACGCACCGGAGCUUCCACCCGUUUUGAACGGUCUCAGCUUCACAGCCGAGAGCAAUCAGCGCGUCGGCGUGGUCGGACGCACAGGCGCUGGCAAAUCAUCCCUAACCCUCGCUUUAUUCCGAUUCCUCGAAGCGCGCUCCGGUCAGAUCUUCAUCGACGGUCUCGAUGUUUCCAAAAUCAAGCUCCACGACCUCCGCAGUCGUCUUGCAAUCAUCCCACAAGAUCCAGUGCUUUUCUCCGGUACUGUGCGGUCAAACCUUGACCCAUUCGAUGAAUACAGUGACACAGAUCUCUACGACGCACUUGCACGCGUGCAUCUGAUCUCGGAAGCCGACGACGAUGAACUCACACUCACAUCUCGAACCGCUACGCCCCGUCUACCCAGCGAAACAGGCACGUCGACACCCGCAACCACGAAAAAGAGCAACUCGAACGCCUUUACUUCUCUCUCCGCUACCAUCUCCGAAGGUGGUCUCAAUCUCUCUCAGGGCCAGCGACAGCUCCUUUGCCUUGCGCGAGCUAUCGUUGCACGUCCCAAGAUUAUGGUCUUGGAUGAAGCGACUUCGGCUGUGGAUAUGGAGACCGAUGCGCUCAUUCAGCAGUCCAUUCGCGCCGAGUUCGGUCGCAAUGCCACUACUUUGCUGGUUAUUGCGCAUCGCCUCAGUACAAUUGCGGACUUCGAUCGCAUUCUCGUUAUGGAUGCUGGUCAUGCAGCAGAGUUUGGGUCUCCGAGAGAGUUGAUGGAGAUUGAGGGGGGUGUUUUCAAGAACCUGGUUGAAAAUAGUGGGGAGAAGGACGUGUUGGAGAAAAUGAUCUUCGCGUGA